UUCUCUACUCGUAUUUGCUGAAUCUUCCCUGUCUUUCCUGAUUUUGUUGAUCCCGGUGCAUACGAGUAGCAAUACAAGUCAAAAUAUUAUGUUUCUUUUGCACUUUGCAGUGGCUUUUGUAGUGAAAUUUUAAACAUUAGACUAGGCUGUUUGGCAAUUCGGAAAAUUUAUUUGUGAAAGAAGGAAAAUAGAAAAGGAAUAUAUCAUAUCCGCUGGUUUGUAAUUAAUAAGAGUUUGUUUUAUGUUUCUCUUUGAAAGUCUCGACCUCUGCACCUCUUGAAGUUUGCUUCAAAGAGAAAGUUCGGCGUGCUGAAUAUAUGUUGCUUUACUUACGCCAAUUCUGAUCCAACUGUGCCUUAGACGUGUUCUUCAAUCUAGUUCAUAGAUGUAUGGUGGACAUGAAAGAAAGGAAAACCGCUACCACCCUUAACCGCAUUUUGGUUAACUGUGCGGCCCAGGCAAAAGAAUACGGGGGUUGUGUUGCAGCAAAGGUUCCUGAAGUUGAACGUGAUAUGUGUUUGAAAGAAUUUCUUGCACUUAAGAGUUGCAUGCAGAAUGUGUUGCGAGGAAAGGCUUGAGUGCACUAUACUUUCAUCACUGUCGAAGCAUAGACUAGAUAAUGCAAGAGUAAUUUUCAGUACUUCGUGAUAGCAGUUGGAAGCAUUCAAAAAAGUGUUUUUUUUCCAUGUAAAUAAGUAGCGGCUGUUCUAUACUCUGUCAAAACUUCUCAAACGUAUAAGGAGGCUGAAGGAUGUCUGGAAAAGCAUCUAGUUCACAAUCAAGUGUUGGUUUGAAUGGUUCUGGUGCUUUGUCGCAUGUUUAUAUCCCAUAUCCACCCCUAAGAUGCUGUGUUCCUGGGUCAAGGGGUUUAUUCUAUGAUGAUGGAAAUAAGUUACUAAUAUCCCCAAAAUCCGACCAGGUCUUUUCCUGGAAGACUGCACCCUUUGCUCCUAGUGUUACUCCUAAUUGCGAUUCAAUAAGUGAAGGGCCAAUUCUAUCUAUCCGAUAUUCUUUAGAUGGAAAGCUGAUAGCAAUUCAACGAUCUACUACUGAGAUCCAGUUUUGGCAUAGAGAAAGUGGACAACAUUUUAGUGAGAAGUGCAGGCCAGAGGCAGAAAGUAUAUUGGGAUUCUUUUGGACAGAUUGCCCAUUGGGUGAUAUUGUAAUCGUAAAGACCAGUGGGUGGGACUUGCUUGCUUACAAACCCGAAUCAAAAUCGCUUCAGUUGAUGGAGACAAGGAGACUGAAUGUGAGUUGGUAUGUUUAUACACAUGAAAGUCGCUUGCUUCUUCUUGCUUCUGGAAUGCAGUGCAAGACCUUCAAUGGAUUUCAGUUAUGGUCUGACAAAGUUGCCAACUCUUGUGCUCAGCUAUCAUCUGCUGGGAUUAUUCGCUUACCAAAGUUCGAGAUGGCAAUGGCUAAAUCUGAGGCUAACAAUAAACCUGUCCUAGCUGUUGAAGAUAUAUUUAUUGUUACUGUUUAUGGUAGAAUAUACUGCCUUCAGGUUGAUAGGGUUGCAAUGCUCCUACACUUGUAUAGGUUUUACCGUGAUGCUGUUGUACAACAGGGCUCUUUGCCAAUUUAUUCUAGCAAGGUUGCUGUCAGUGUGGUUGAUAAUGUACUGCUUGUUCAUCAAGUUGAUGCAAAAGUUGUCAUACUGUAUGACGUAUUUGCAGAUUCUCGAGCACCCAUAUCUGCCCCACUUCCUUUGUUGUUGAGAAGUUUCCCCAGGUCCAAUUCUUCUGGCUUUCGAGCAUAUAGGGAAGGUAAUGAAAGUUCUGAGUCUCAUGUUGUAAAUGAUCAUGAAGUCUAUGGAGAUAAUUGGACUUUUCUUGUUCCUGAUCUCAUAUGUGAUGUUGCCAAUCAAUUUCUGUGGAAGAUUCAUCUGGACUUGGAGGCAAUUUCUGCCAGCAGCUCAGAUGUGCCAUCAGUACUAGAAUUCUUACAGAGGCGGAAGUUGGAUGCCAGUAAAGCUAAACAAUUGUGCUUGUCAAUAGUAUGCACUGCGAUUCUAGAACACAGACCUGUCACUAUGGUUUCCAGGGCUAUAGAUGUUCUAGUGACCUCCUAUGCCCACUCAAUUAAGACAGGGAACCAUCUUAAGGUGAUAAAAUCCGAGAAGACAUCACCUUCAGGUGUGACACAUGUUGGAGGCCCUAGAUCAAGUGCUGAUGUAUCUGCGAUUAGAGUAGAUGCUCUUGGAAAAUCCAUCAAGCAUGAAUCAUCUGCUGCUGGAGUGGAUGGUGGAUCACCCAAUAAAUCUUUAACUUUUUCAAAUUCAGACUCUGAUGACAGUGCAAGUUCUGGAGACAGAGGAAAGGCAGUUGAUGCUGAACCUUCUGGUGGUGAAAUGCAGCCAUCAUCUUUUCAAUUUCAGCAUCUUGGACUUGGUAACAACCCAUUGAAUGCAAAUGCUUAUGAGCAGCAGGAAUCUCAACUUACUUCUCCAGCAGUUUCGCCUGAUGAGAUUUAUCGUUUUAUUUUUGCUCCUGCUGAAGAAGAGAUGGUUGGAGAUCCUUCUUACUUGGUUUCAAUCAUGGUUGAGUUUCUUCGUAGUGCCAAUUUGGAAAAGGUUAAAGUGCAUCCUAAUCUGUAUGUUUUGACUAUACAACUUCUAGCUCGGGGUGAGCGAUAUGCAGAACUUGGGUUGUUUGUCUUAAACAAGAUUCUUGAACCAUCUAAAGAAGUUGCAAUGCAACUCCUAGAGUCUGGCCGUCAAAAUCCCCAAACAAGGAAGUUGGGUCUAGACAUGCUAAGGCAGCUCGCCUUACAUCAUGACUAUGUAUUAUUACUGGUCCAAGAUGGAUAUUAUCUGGAAGCUUUACGGUAUGCAAGGAAGUACAAGGUCACUACUGUACGUCCUUCGUUGUUUCUUGAGGCGGCGUUUGCCUCGAAUGACUGGCAACAUCUAGCUGCAGUUCUGAGAUUCUUUUCAGAUUUUAUUCCCGGCUUCAGAAACACAUCGGAUCACAGUACCUACUACCGCAUUCUCAAUGAGAUGAACUCAUCCAUUGCUGCCUCAACUUUCUGAUGAAAGAGGGCCUUUAGCCGUGGAAUAGCUGGUCAUGGCCCAUGGGUGUUGAAGCGGCAUUAUGCUGGUAAAAUUUCAAAUUAACUCCCGGGCAAAUUACAGGUUAGAUAUCCAAAAUUUACGACUGCAAGAGGUGAGAAGAGAAUUAUACAUCUAGCUGACAAGGAAAAAAAAAAAAAAAAAAGCUUUUUCUUUCUUUCUUUAUUUAUUCCUACUUUGUUUUGUUUAUUUGCGUUUGUAAUACCUUGUCCUCUGCUAAAUAAAAUAGCAAUUUACAUGUCUACUCUGCUUUGUCUGUCCCCUCUAAUGAAUAUUACGUUAACAAUAUUCCUGGUUAAUUAAUAAUUAUUUUAUUUAUAA